CUUCUGCAAAGAGAAAGUAGCACGUGGGGGAUAAGCAGCAACCGGCUGGCGGUGCAGGUCCCUCUGUCUCCUCACCAUGUCCACCCUGUAUCUUUACCCGCACCCUGAUAACUUUCAGAACCUCCGUGUGCUCGUCGCAGCCCAAUAUGGCCGAGAGGAGCCCAAGGUGGUCGGGCUGCCUCCCGACAUAGAGAUGGGGAACUCCUCCUUCUCCCUGCCCAAGCUCCCGGCUCUGGAAACCCAGGCGGGCAUCUACGUGUCUGGCCCCGCAGCUGUUUCUUCUCUGCUGUCCCCGGAUGCCAUGAGAGGGCAAGGCCCUGAAGCAAGCGCUCUGGUGCGGCAGUGGAUCAGCUAUGCCGACUUGGAAAUCGCACCUGCGGCCUGUGCGUCGGCCUUCUCUGUGCUGGGGAUCUCCAAGCAAAGUAAACAGGUGAUAGAUCGUGCUGUGGCAGAACUCCAAAAUCUUCUUAGGGUGCUGGAUGAGCACUUGAAGCUGCGGACGUACCUGGUGGGGGAGGCCGUGACGCUGGCUGACGUGACCGUGGCUUGUUCUCUGCUCCUGCCGUAUAAACACGUCCUAGGCCAAGCCCUUCGCACUUCUUACACCAACGUUACCCGUUGGUUCCUGACCUGCAUUAAUCAGCCAGAAUUCCAAGCUGUUCUGGGUCCAGUGAAGCUGUGUGAGGAGGCGCCUGGAGUGGGUACCCCAAAAUCGGCUCUCAAAGAACCAGCGGUAUCUCCUGAGGCAGAGUUGGCAGAGCCACCACCCAAAAGUGCCUCCCAGCUGAAGAAAGAGGCCAAGAAGAAAGAAAAACUGGAGAAGUUUCAACAGAAGAAGGAAAAGAGCCAGCAGCAGCAACAGGGGGAGAAGAAGCCAAAAGCUGAGAAGAAAGAUAAGAAAGAUCUUGGAGUCAUGACCUACAACGUGCCGACCAAGCCAGGGGAGAAAAAAGAUGUGACCAGUGCAAUGCCUGACUCCUACAGCCCACAGUACGUUGAAGCUGCUUGGUACCCAUGGUGGGAGAGCCAAGGUUUUUUCAAACCAGAGUAUGGGCGCCGCAGUGUCUCUGAGCCGAACCCCAGCGGCCUCUUCAUGAUGUGCAUCCCUCCGCCCAACGUCACAGGAUCUCUUCAUCUUGGCCACGCGCUCACCAAUGCCAUUCAGGACUCCCUGACACGAUGGCACCGGAUGAGGGGGGAGACGGCCCUGUGGAACCCUGGCUGCGACCACGCUGGCAUCGCCACGCAAGUGGUGGUGGAGAAGAAGCUUUGGAAGGAGCAAGGGAAGACGCGGCAUGACCUCGGCCGCGAGCGAUUCAUCGAAGAGGUCUGGAAGUGGAAGAACGAGAAAGGUGACCGGAUCUACCACCAGCUGAAGAAACUGGGCUCCUCGAUGGACUGGGACAGAGCCUGUUUUACUAUGGACCCAAAACUCUCCAAUGCUGUCCAGGAGGCUUUUAUUCGGCUGCAUGAGGAAGGGGUCAUCUACCGAAGCAAACGCCUGGUCAACUGGUCGUGCACCCUCAACUCUGCCAUCUCAGACAUUGAGGUGGAUAAGAAGGAGUUAACAGGCCGGACGCUUCUGCCUGUCCCCGGCUAUAAAGAGAAGGUUGAGUUUGGGGUGCUGGUCUCCUUUGCCUACAAGACCAAGGGCUCAGAUGAGGAAGUGGUGGUGGCUACGACCCGUAUUGAGACCAUGCUGGGGGACACGGCAGUGGCAGUCCAUCCCCAGGAUCCCCGAUACCAACAUCUGCACGGCCGGUGCGUCCUGCACCCGUUCACCGGACGGCUCUUGCCUAUUGUAUGCGACGAGUUUGUAGACAUGGCGUUUGGAACUGGUGCUGUGAAAAUCACGCCGGCCCACGAUCAGAACGACUACGAGGUCGGCCUGCGCCACGGUCUCGACUUCCUCACCAUCAUCGACGAGGACGGCUACCUGGUCAACGUGCCCCCUCCUUUCUUGGGCAUGAAGCGGUUUGAUGCCCGCCGAGCAGUGUUGGAAGCUUUGAAGAAAAAGGGGCUCUUUCGGGAGGUGAAGGACAACCCCAUGGUGGUACCUGUCUGCAGCCGUUCCAAAGAUGUGGUGGAGCCGCUGCUGAAGCCCCAGUGGUACGUGCGGUGCGACACAAUGGCCCGGGGAGCAGCCGAGGCGGUACGCCGGGGUGACCUGCGGAUCGUGCCCGACUUCCACCUCAAAACGUGGUUCAAUUGGAUGGACAAUAUCAGGGAUUGGUGCAUUUCUCGGCAGCUGUGGUGGGGCCAUCGUAUCCCAGCAUAUUUCGUGACUGUUAACGACCCUUCGGUGCCACCAGGAGAGGACACAGAUGGUAAAUACUGGGUAAGUGGCCGAAGCCAGCAAGAAGCAAAAGAGAAAGCAGCCAAAGUCUUCAAGGUGACCCAGGAGAAAAUCACCCUCCGGCAAGAUGAGGAUGUCCUGGACACCUGGUUCUCGUCCGGUCUAUUUCCUUUUUCCAUCUUUGGGUGGCCAAACUCUAGUGAAGAUCUCCAGGUUUUCUACCCUGGGACUCUCCUGGAGACGGGGCAUGACAUUCUCUUCUUCUGGGUGGCCCGCAUGGUCAUGUUGGGUCUCAAGCUUACAGGGAAGCUGCCAUUCAGAGAGGUUUACCUUCAUGCUGUCGUCCGGGAUGCCCACGGCAAGAAGAUGAGCAAAUCGCUGGGGAAUGUGAUCGAUCCAUUGGACGUUAUCACUGGCAUUACACUGGAGGGCUUACAUGCUCAGUUGCUAGAGAGCAAUUUAGACCCAGCUGAGAUUCAACGAGCAAAGCAAGGACAGAAAGCAGAUUACCCCAGUGGCAUCCCAGAAUGUGGGACUGAUGCACUCCGCUUUGCUCUCUGUGCGUACACAUCUCAAGGCCGGGAUAUAAACCUGGACGUGAACCGGAUUCUGGGCUACCGGCACUUCUGCAACAAACUGUGGAAUGCGACCAAAUUUGCCAUCCGUGGCCUUGGGGAUGGAUUCCAGCCACCGCCCAGUGCAGAGCUCAGCGGCUCAGAGAGCCUCAUUGACGUUUGGAUCCUGAGCCGCCUGAGCCACGCCGUGGAGUUAUGUGACCUUGGCUUCCAGGCCUACGACUUCCCUGGCAUCACCACAGCGGUGUAUAACUUCUGGCUCUAUGAGCUCUGUGACGUCUACCUGGAGUGCCUAAAGCCUGUGUUUGCUGGUCCAGACGAAGCCGCGAUCCAGACGGCCCGGAACGUUCUCUACACCUGCUUGGACGGCGGACUCCGUCUCCUCAGCCCUUUCAUGCCCUUCGUCACAGAAGAGCUGUACCAGCGGCUGCCCCGAAGGUCUCCCUCCGACGACCCUCCCAGCAUCUGUGUCACCCCUUACCCCAGCACAGACCAGUACUGCUGGAGAAACGAAGGCUUGGACCACGCCAUUGACUUCGUGCUGAGCAUCGUUCGGGCUGUGCGUUCGCUCCGAGCAGAUUACAACCUCACCAAGACCAAAGCUGACUGUUACUUACAGUGCCUGGAUUCUGAGACGGCCGCGGCUGUGGCGCGUUGCUCCGAAUACAUCCGCACGCUCUCCUCUUCCAAGCAAGUGCUGGUUCUGGAGCCAGGGCAAGCGCCCCCUCCUGGCUGUGCUGUGGCUAUCGCCUCCGACAAAUGCACUGUCCAUCUUCUGCUCAAGGGCUUGAUCGAUGCCGAGAAGGAGAUCGCCAAACUGGCUGGCAAAAAGGCAGAACUGCAGAAGCAAAUCCUUCGGUUGCGUGAGCGCAUGGACAGCCCAGACUACGCUGCUAAGGUGCCCGCCAAAGUCCGGGAGGCAGACGCAGCCAAGCUGAAACAAAGCGAAACCGAAUUGCAGAAAGCAGAUGAAGCCAUCGAGAACUUCAAGAAGAUGAUCUGAAAUCGAGGGAAGGGAUCUACGGGACUGUUAGAAGAUGUUUAUCCUGAAGUUAGGGUCGGGGGAGGCUGCCGUUUAAAGCCAAGCCCUUCUCAUUUGAGGAAAGAGGACCUGUUUCUUCUUUUCAGCUCUACUUGGUUUAUUCUAUUUUCGGUAGAGACAUUAAAAUAUUUUGCUGAGUUAGAA